AAAAUUAAAACUGAGGGGGCUCGGUCAAAUUUUUCGAGUGACGUCAUCGCCGCCGAUUGGCUACAUUUUCGAGGUAUGUGGGUAUGCAAAUAAGGGGGUUGGGGUUGUGGAAACGAGUAGGUGACGUCAGUUCCCCCGUUCGCAGAGAGCGAAACAAACAUGGCGGUAGACUCAAGUGGACGGGGGUUUACGCUAAUUUUAUUCGUCUUUUCUUGUGUUUUUGCGGGCAGACAGACCGAGGCGGCGGUUUCGGAGUCAACAGGCGGCACUCGGAUACUCGGUAUGAGGCUGGAGAAGAGCGACACGCCGGCCGAGACCACCGAGAGUGGGGUUAUUCAGGUGACCGAGGGCAGCGACACCCUCUUCAGGUUUUACGGACUCCACUUGUUCCCAAACAGCUCGGGGCUCAUCAGCUUCAUGGAACUUUACUGCAGUGAUAAAGAGGAUGAUGCUUUCGGCGCAGUCAUGGUCCCCUUCAAUAGGACUUGUCCCGAACUCACGAAGGAUAUAGUGGUGAAGGGGUCCAUGGAGGUAAGCAACCAAAACACCUCCGGGGUGGUCAGCCUCAGUAUCAAGCAGCUCCGCAAGAGCGAGGCGGUGAAGGUGUUCGGCUUGUGCGUCCGCGACACCCAUGACAAGGAGGAAACGUGGUACCUGUUGGACGAUAAAGACGGUAGACUGCGGGUGGUAGAGGAGAAAAAGUCCCUGCUGCCUAUCUGGCUGCAGGUGAUACUCAUCUCCUUCCUGUUGGUGCUGUCCGGCAUGUUCAGCGGGCUCAACCUGGGGCUGAUGGCGCUGGACCCGAUGGAGCUCCGCAUCGUGCAGAGCUGCGGCACCGAGAAGGAGAAGAAGUACGCGCGGAAGAUCGAGCCCAUCCGCAGGAAGGGCAACUACUUGCUGUGCUCGCUGCUCCUCGGAAACGUCCUGGUCAACACCACCCUCACCAUCCUCCUGGACGACCUCACCAACUCCGGGAUCGGCGCUGUGGUCGCCUCCACAGUCGGCAUCGUUAUUUUCGGCGAGAUCGUCCCGCAGGCGCUGUGCUCCCGGCACGGCCUGGCAGUUGGGGCGAACACCAUCCUAGUCACCAAGUUGUUCAUGCUGUUAACUUUCCCUUUGUCGUGGCCCAUCAGUAAGCUCCUCGACUGCGUCCUGGGCCAGGAGAUCGGCACUGUGUAUAACCGGGAGAAGCUGGUGGAGAUGCUGAAAGUCACCGAGCCGUACAAUGACCUGGUGAAAGAGGAGCUCAACAUGAUUCAAGGCGCGCUGGAGCUCAGGACCAAAACAGUGGAGGGUGUCAUGACGCCUAUCAGCAACUGCUUCAUGAUACACAGCGACGCCGUGUUGGACUUCAACACUAUGUCCGAGAUCAUGGAGAGCGGAUACACGAGGAUACCCGUGUAUGAGGACGAGCGCUCCAACAUCGUGGACAUCCUGUAUGUCAAGGACCUGGCCUUCGUUGACCCGGACGAUUGCACCACACUUAAGACCAUCACCAAGUUCUACAACCAUCCGGUCCACUUUGUCUUCCACGACACUAAGCUGGACUCCAUGCUGGAGGAGUUCAAGAAAGGAAAAUCCCACCUGGCGAUUGUCCAGAAGGUGAACAACGAGGGGGAGGGAGACCCUUUCUACGAGGUAUUGGGGUUGGUCACCCUUGAAGACGUGAUCGAGGAAAUAAUUAAAUCAGAGAUUCUGGAUGAAUCGGACCUUUACACUGAUAACAGCAACAGGAAAAAGGUGGCGCCAAAUAAGAAUAAGAGAGACUUCUCUGCCUUCAAACAUGAGAGUGAAUCAAAAGUGAAGGUCUCUCCUCAGCUGCUGCUGGCCGCCCAUCGCUUCCUGGCUACAGAGGUGACCUUGUUCAGCCAGUCUCAGAUCUCAGACAAGGUGCUGCUGCGAAUUCUGCGCCAUCCUGAUGUGAUCCAGGAGAUCAAGUUCAACGAAAGUGACAAGCGCUCGCCCCAUCACUAUGUCUACCAGAGGGGCAAGCCCGUCGACUACUUCGUUCUCAUCCUGCAGGGACGAGUGGAGGUGGAGGCCGGCAACGAAAACAUGAAGUUUGAGACCGGACCUUUCUCAUUCUACGGUGUCAUGGCGCUCAAUGCUCCCACACUGGUGGCUGCACCUCGACCUCGCCACCUCUCCUUUAAGAGGUUUUCUCUGUUCUCUCGGUUGCCAGGUAAAACAGUUUCCUAUGACUCACUGAGGCCCUCUGCUGGAAGACUCACAGCUACUGAGUUUCGUUCACCGUCCCACCUCAGCGGGUUGAACCGUACAGCCUCUCUGAGCGGAGCCGACCGGACAGAGUCGCUCUCCGUCAGCGGCAGCAACAGCCAGCUCAACAACAGCAUCCCCUCGCAGCAGUACACACCCGACUUCUACGUCCGAGCUCUCACUGACCUGCAGUUUGUCAAGAUCACGCGAGCCCAGUACCAGAAUGGCCUGAUGGCGUCUCGUCUGGACAGCACGCCCCAGUCCCCGGAGAGCAGCCACAACACGGUUCGCCUGGAUCAGACCACUCCCCCCACCACCGGCAACACCACCAUCACGGACCUGGGAGCGGACUCCACCCCCACGGAGAACGGACCGGACGAGACGACGCUUCUCCUCCUCAACGAGCAGAAUUCACCGCACACAGCCAACCACCACAGCCAGUUGGACAACAGCAUUUGACCCAACCCCCCAUACUCCUACGUUUUCACGCAUGCAUUACUGUGCUCGAAUGUAUGCUGAGGUGGGGAGGAGUGUGUGUUGGUGUGUGUGUGUUUGUGGGGAUGCAGACACAUGCCUUGGCACAACUGACAAGGCAUAAAGAGACAAGCCAUGUGCAUGCAUGUUGUGUAAAUAUGCAAGGAUUAAACAACACACGUGCACAUACAGACAUGCCAAAGUGUAUUGUGGCUACAUCCACUUUUCCAUCAUAAACAGACUCACCACAAACCCAACAAUCAAAUAUGGUUACUCAUCGACAGAAAGACAUAUCUGUGUGUGUGUGUGUGUGUUUGCACAUGCUCCUUAAUGUAUUAACUGACGACAAAGAUCUGAAGGACCUGCUUGUCUGGACCAGAAAGCUCCUCCCUCUCUCGCCCAUCAACGUUCAGAGACGAGUUUCUUCCUCUGUGUGUGUGUUUUUAAAUGUGUGUGUGCUGCUUCAUUGUCCCUAAUUAGAGACUCAGGGAGACUCCGCCCUCCCCCCCUCCCUCCGCCGACAUACGUACAUGCAAGUGUGGUCGAAAGCCGCAAACCAACCCACCGCUGCAUGUGUAGCAACCCGCGUCCCCUCCUUACCAUCCAUACAGCUAGAAGACAAAGACGACUCGAGCAUGUCAGCGGACUUCAAACAAAGUAAUAUAUAUUCCGUAGAAAUUUAUAGUGAGAUAUUUAUUGAUAAAUUCUGUGUGAGACAGACACAUAAUGCUCUUUUUUGGGGGGGAUAUUCCUUCUCGUUUCCUGCAUAGAAGCAGUGAGUAGCCCAGCAUCUUUAUCCCAGAGUUGUUAAGAGAUUCAGCAGCGAUAGACAGCCAGUCUGUAUCGUGAUUAAGACAAUCAAUAUGAUUAUUAUGAAUGUGUUAAAUGUGUAGGGUACGUUAACUGUGGCUACCCUGCUCUCAAACAGCCAUCUCUGUGAAAUCUUUUGUUUUCUUUCACAGAUGACAGAUCUGCAAAGACGGGAAGGGUCGUAUAGGAAUCAGUUUUCACAAAGGUGGUAGAUGUUUGAGAGCACUGAGACUUGGCAAGUCCUUUCCUACUUUAUAAGCGAGGGUGGGUUGUCUGUGCGUAUGUGUGUAUGUGACCAAAAUGGCCAUCACCUGACUUGGUGGGAACUGAAACCAAAAGAGGGAAGCUUGAUCACAUUCUGACUAGAAAAUACUAGAUAUAGAAAUCUGAGACUUUAUUUAUUGAGUUCGAUGUGUGUGUGUGUGUAUAUAUAUAUAUAUAUAUAUAUAUAUAUAUAUAUAUAUAUAUAUAUAUAUAUAUAUAUAUAUAUAUAUAUAUAUAUAUAUAUAUAGUCAAUGGGGGGAUGAGAAAUGUGAUUUUUAUUUUGCCUCAUUGUGGAUUUUACAUGUUAAAUGUUCCUUUGUAUUCAUUCAGUGGUUAUGUUUGGGUUUCCUUUUUGUAAAUCAGAUCUUGGGGAAGGGGGUCACUCUAGCAUACUGAGCAGCAAACUUUGACAUUUAUUGUUGUUUGUAUUUCUGUAGCCAAACGCACCGCUCAGCUCUGGAAUCAGCCAAAUUUAGUCAGUUUUAUGGGAAGCAAUGUUGUAUAUUUCAUGAUUAUCACAAUGCAUGUUUUUCACAGAACACACUCCAGUUAUAUUUUACUGUACCUUCUGAGGAGAUUUUAAAGGAAAAACCUUCCCACAAAUGUUUGUGUCUUUUGAUAGAUUUUUCUUUGCCUGAUUUCUCGCAGUCACAGUGGUGUUUCAUAGAUUAUUUUUUAAUGAUAUACAACAUGAAAAGUAAAUCAUACAUCAGGUUUUUGUUUUUAAGACCAAAGAGAAAGGGUUGCUUUGUAGUCUUGUUAUUUCUGCGAAGAUGUUCAGCAUUCACACAACAAGACUUCCAUGGCAGAGAUUGAUUUCUACACGAACAACUACAUGUACAAGAAUGCAAUGCAGCCACGCAAAAAGUGUUUUUAGUAAGCAUCGCUCUCAAUUUUUCUCAUCUUUGCUGCUGUGCUGUCAGUAUUGCUACAUGUUUUUUUCACACAUAAAUCACAGGUGAAUCCAAUGCAUUCCCAUCUGCUCUCUAACAGUCGUGAAAAGGGAUUCUUGGAAAUGUAGGACAUCAGGAGUAGGAGUAGACGAUACACACUGAAGGGAAGUGGGUACACCAGAAACAAUAUAAUUGUAACACUUAAUUUUCAAAGGCACAGAUCAUCACAAAUUCAAGAUUUCUGAGUUUGUGAAGGUGGAUUUUUUCUUUAUAUUGCUGCUUUUCUGAGAUCAACAGCAUCCAAAUCUCAACAACACCGACAUGUUUUCAAAGCACUAAAAUCCAUUUCUCUCAUUGAACAAACUGUGUGAAGUUAAACUAAAAGUAAAACUACUGAAGCGCUGUUUUGUUUGUACUACAAUCUCUGGUCAGCUUGUCAUUUGUCCCCUAUUUUCUUGAAACAUGACUCCUCCUGUCCUAAAAGAGUAAUUACGAAGCACUUUUCACUUUGGAUCUAAAACCAAAGCAUGACAAAAUUAUGAUUUCAUUUCUGUUUUCAAAUGAAUUGGAAUGACUUGUUAUUUUGAGGAAUCUCAUUUUGUGGUUUUCAUUACUUAGGAAAGAGUAAAUGUCACAAGUGUUUUGGAGAUAAAAAAAACAAGAACAUUCACUUACUGUACUUUUGAGUCCGUAAAUUCCAGGCUACUCUGCUGGUGCAGCACCUGAACACAGGGUGCCUCACACUGCCUUAAAAACACUUCAGUUUGAGUCUGGUGUCAAAUUUACCAGAUCCUUUAAUAUACUGUGGUACUAUCCAUUUUAUUUUUUUAAUUGGAAGAUGUUCACAAUUACACUAAUCAUAUUUAAAUGUGGAGUUUCAAAACUGUAAAAUCACAGCAGAGUUGAUUAUUAUUAAUAUUACUGGUUGAGUUAAACCUCAGUGGACGAAGCCGAGGAAACAGUUUUUUUAUAAAGUUUUUUUUAAAGUUAGCUUACUAGCAAAGAGGGCUACAUGAUGGCAAAGACGUAAAUAUAAAUAAAAACAAAAAUUCCCAUUUUAUGCACUGGUAUUUGGGAUAUUCAUGCUGUUUUACUAGUUAACUAUUUUGUGACCUAAUAAUUGGGUUUUUUGGUUAAUAUUUGGACAAAUUGUUCUGUGUACAUCGUUUUAUGACAGUAAAACCAAACCAAACCCAAUGUAAAAAUUUAAAAAAAAUGUAAUUCUUUUCAUUCAACUAUUGCUCACAGUGUCACUUGGUGGUUUUUCGCAGGUGAUAACUCUUUGUCUAUUAAUUAAGUCACUAAAACUGAUUUUUGAAGGUCAGGAGUCUAGCUUACCUAAACAAAUAUAAGUUACUAAAACUAGUUUGAAAUUGGUACAUCAGCUAAGCUAGCUAGCUAACAUCGAGAGCUGAAGUCCCUGCAACUAAGUUUACUAUAGAGGGGAUAGUAAAGCUUGAGCACCACAUAAUUUUAGAUAGAAGAACAUCUAUGUUGUGAGCAUUCAAAAACUACAGUUUCCACGAGACUUUCACAGCAUGUUAACAGCUAGCCCCAUUUGUGACCUCAGCACUCCGUAUGUAGCUCUGUGAUUUGGUCACAUAGUGAUCCCAACGUAAAUUGUAGGGGAAAAGUCAAAACCUUCAGCAGCAGGUUUCAUGUUCACUGUCUCCCCCAAGUAGGGCUGCACAAUUGAUCACAAUAUGGCCAAGUGCAAUAUCCAAAUCUCAGAAGCUGCAAUUUUUUGAUAAAGGUAAAAGGUGUGACAACAGCAUUAUAAUGAAGUACUGUAUUGCUGCCCUGGCCUACAAAUCUUCAGGUGUAAGAAAACAUGAUUGUUUGGUACAGACCUCAGCAAACGUCACAUCAUCAUGAUUUUAAUAGUUUUCUCAGUGAAAAUUAAAAUUGUGAUACAGAAAUGAUCAUUCCCACUAAUCGUGAUUUAUUGAUUUAUCUCAUAAUCUUAAUAUCUGUCAGAAUAAUCGCAAUAUCAUUUUUUUUUUACCAUAUCGUGCAGCCCUAACCCCAAGUGAUAAAAUGUUUGCCUGCUGGGAGCAAACCAAAGUUUAAAUCCAACAUUUCCACUAUCUAUGGGGAGGCUGUGGCUAGUGGCUGGUGCAGUCUGUGGAAAUAUUGAAUUUAAACAUUGGUUUAUCCUCAGGGGAAACAUUGCAUAAUUUCAGGCAGACUGUGGACAUCUGUGAGCUCAUGAAAAUACCUUUGAAGAUACAAUCUGCUGCUGUUUUGACUUUUGACAGGUGUGUGUAGAAAACGGUUUGUGACUCAGUUAUUGAGAAAUGUAUGAGGUCACAAAUGGGGCUGGCAUUGGAUAACAAUCAUGGGAUAUAUUGUUGUAAAAUGCUGACAAAACAGUCAUAUUUUUUAUCUUUUAAAAAAGUUAUCCAGUUCAGUAGAUACCCAUUUAUCUUAGAAUAUGAACAAAAAACACCAGCAACAUGUUUAAUCUUUUGAGAAAGACUAUCAAAAGAAGACCUUUAUGAGAAAAUCUGAGUAAAAGCUAGUGAUAUGUGAUGAAGAUAGCUUUAUUUUGAAAUGUUCUGAUGUUUAACUCAACCAAAAGGGUUUCUUCUCUAUACAGCAGCUCUACUUCUGAGAAAUGUUUCUGUUUAUGUCGUUUAAACAAGAACUACCCAUUGUUCUCCAUAUUGGAAGUAAAUAAAUCUUCUGACUGUCUUCUGUGACUUAAAAUAGAAGCACUUUAGCAAGGAAAGCAGUAUUUUCCCAAAAGCUAGAAAUUGGCCAAAGUUGCUAGCUUAGUACCUCUGUCGCAAUACUGUUACUGGCCAGGAUUUCAUAAUCACUUCUUCACUGACUCCUUAACAUGACACUGCUUUUUUAAUUUUUUUUAAGCUUAUGGAACUCACUGACUCACCGUUCUGUUGCCUUCACUGUCUUUUAAUGACUACUGGAAGAAAAUAUUUUGCUCAUUCCUGAAUUAUUUUUGACAAACACACACAAACACUAAUUUCAAAGGACUGUUUUUGGUUAUUUUUUGUACAUGUUUGAGUACCCCCACACAACGGAGAAACAAGGUGUUUUAUAAUUUCUGUCUUAAUUAGUUUUGAAGAUGAAGAAAGUUAUUAAUAAACCUGAGAUAUAUUUCUCUAUGGA